AUGAAUCAAGGUACUUUGUCAUUCCAAGAUUCAGUAGAUUACAUAUCUCAUUUCGAUCAAGAGGAGAAAGUUGUCAAGGAAUGCCAAAUUUUUCAACCUUCAAAAGCAAAUGAGGUUGAGCACGAGGCAUUUAAUGCUAGAUCAAGUGACAACUCCACACUUAGUCUUAAAAAAUUUUCACCUCCAUCCGAAGAAAUGUCUCAUUCAAAUGCAGUCAGUUCUGAAGUCAAAAAUAAAAAUCACAACUUGGUAGAUUUGCACAAAGAGCACGAAGAUUCAGAAAAAGAAAAUUCAGUCCGAAAAACAAAUCAAGUAUUCAGUUCAGAAGAAAAGGAAAAAAUGACUUCUUUCCCUGUAAACCAGACUUUACUUAGUCAGCCAUCGAUAUUUUUCGAUUGGUUUACUGGCUCUAACGCAACUGUCGUUAAAAAAGACAAAGCAAUUCAGUUUCAGUACCCAUGGAUAUUGCAGUUCCUGAUUAGAAGUGUUUCAGGUUUCUUCAGUGGUUUCCUUUGGGGUUUGUACAUUUCGUUUAUAUGGUUCAUAUAUUUUUUCAUAUCUGAACCUGUAAAGAACGAUUUUUCUGUGUCUAAAGAUAUUAUCUUGAACAUAACUGAAGAUUUAAAAGAGCAUAAGGAUUCAAAUCAUGAAAUUUAUAAAGGUUGGAUGAACGAAUUUCGUGGCAAAUAUCACCCAUCAACUUAUCAUGUAAAUGCUUCUCAGACUGUUCUUGUAUGCCUUGAUGGUAAUUUGUUGCGCGUUUCACGGUUACAACGAACAGUUCUUAAACACGCUUUUCAUACUGAUCCAACACUUGCUCAAGUGAAACCUACAAUUUCUAGCCAGAGUAUUUAUAAUUUGACCGGAGCAAUGGUUACUUUACGACCCAAAAGAUUGGCCAGAAGACGCUGGUGGAGCCGCAAGUAUCCAAUACAUAUUCGCUUAGCUUCUAGUAGUAAUGAAAUAUCGACUCUUUCGCCGUUUCGAAAGUCAUUUUCUGUGAAUGAAGCUGUCGAUAUAUCAAAUUCUGCAUCUGCAUCGUCUGAUGAUGAAUUUAGUAAUAUUCACGUAAUGCGAGGAAUAAUGAAGGGGUCGCCAGAAUUACGCAAAGUAUUGCAUAAAAGUAAAAUGGAAAGUGGUUCUCAAAAGAAUUUCAAGGAACAUUCGCAUUAUAUAUGUGUAAAAAGUGCUCGUGCAAAUUCCAUGGGCUGUAUGCAAUACAGGAAUCAGUGUGAUACAAAAAACGAGAAUCGUAUCAAAGGCCAAAGUUUAUAUCUGUUUGUUCGUAGUGCUAGAGAGAAAGAACGCUGGUUUCAUAAAUUACGAGAGGCUUCCAGUCAGUACAUUGAAAACGCUGCAAAUGUAAUGGUUUCAACAGUUAAUUCUAAAGAAAGUUUGUCUAGACGACGUCUCUCACUUCCCUUAUCAUCUGAUGAAAAUUUGAUCAAAUUAAAUUUGGAGCAUUUUCUCUAUCUGAGCAAUCGCAUACAGUUUGAGAAAUGUAUCAAAGAGGUUAUUAAAACAUCACUUCAAAAAAAAACAAAAGAAACCAGUGGUGCCGUAAAAUAUAUGGAUUUAGGACGUAAUAAGUGGAGUCGUGGGAAAGCAGAUACAGAUUCAGAGCUUGUAAUGUCUGCAAACGCUUUAGCUGCAAGAAUAUUUUAUGAUUUUUGUCGAGAUGCGUAUUGGUGUAAGCAAGUUCAAAAUAAAAUUCAAUCUAAAUUAGCUACUGUUCAUUUGCCAUAUUUUAUCGAAACUUUGGAGCUCUCCAGUUUGGAUCUAGGCACUACAUCACCAGAAAUUGCCGGUGUUUAUGCUCCUGUUUUGGAUGACUGGGGACUUUGGAUCGAUUUUGAAAUGAAGUACUCAGGUAGAAUCCAUCUUUCAUUGGAAACUAAAGUUAAUUUAAUGAAACUGAAGGAAGGGACCCAAAGAAAUGAACUAUGCAGGGAGGCAAAGAAACUGAAAAUUUUCCCUCGUGUUCAUCAUUAUUCAGAUUCUGACUUGCCAGAGUCCCCUGAAAGCAGUCCAGAUGAAGACUUCGGUUCCAAAACAGAAAAAGUUUCCACGAAUAAAGGAAGUGCAGGUAGAAAGUUGUUAAAUGUAGUUGACAAAAUAGUGAACACUAAUAUAUUUCAAGGAGCUUCUGAAUUGAAGCCAGUAAAGAAGGUAAUGGAAGGCAUAUCAUCAACACGAUUGUUGCUUAAUGUUGAUGUAAUUCAUUUGGAAGGUACAAUGACUAUUAACAUUCCACCACCUCCGUCUGAUAGACUUUGGUAUGCGUUCCGUACUCCGCCAAGGCUCUUUAUGAAAUGUGUGCCGCAAGUGGGGGAUAGGUCGGUAGAUAUGAGUGCCGUGUCCAACUGGAUUGACAAUAAACUUCGCUUAUUAUUGGAGAAGAACUUAGUUUUACCAAAUAUGGAUGAUUUGAUUGUUCCUGUAAUGAGUGGUAAUGAACUAUUAAAAAGUGGUUAUAACUGCUGA